CAAUAGAGAGGAUGUUGCAAUAUCUGGUCGUCAUGACGACGGAGAGACACAAGACUUCGCUCUCGGCUGCUGAUCCGGAGAAACUGCGCAAGAGCGAGAGAGAGGAGGAAAGGAGAGAUGGACAGAAGGAGUGGAGAUUGAGAGGGAGAGCUGGGGAUUCAGGCAUUUUCCUCUUCUGUUUCCAUAGCAUCCAUUCCUUCAUUCAUCCAGUCUCUCGUACGCUCUCUCUUUUCAUAUCUCACCCUCUUUGCUUGUGUCUACCACUGUCUCUGUCUCUGUCUCUCCCUCUCUCUCUCUCCCUCUCACUCUCUCUCUCGCACACACUAGGCCAUGCAGUUUUGUUGUGGCGGCGGCGCAGACCCUCGCUUUCUCUAAUGAAGCUGGCGCUCAUGCGGGAAGAAUGCAAGCAGAUUUUGGCGCGGCAGAAGUCCAGCUCUCAGUCGGAUUCUCAUGAUGACGAGGUCUCCCCUCCACCUCCAAACCCUGUGGUCAAGGCCCGGCGCAGGAGGGGAGGGGUCAGUGCUGAGGUUUACACGGAGGAAGACGCGGUCAGCUAUGUCCGGAAGGUCAUCCCAAAGGACUACAAGACGAUGACCGCUUUGGCUAAGGCCAUCUCUAAGAAUGUGCUUUUUGCCCAUCUGGAUGACAAUGAGAGGAGUGACAUAUUUGAUGCCAUGUUCCCUGUCACACACAUUGCUGGAGAAACAGUCAUUCAGCAAGGUGAUGAAGGGGACAACUUCUACGUCAUUGAUCAGGGGGAAGUAGAUGUGUAUGUCAAUGGAGAGUGGGUGACUAGUAUAGGGGAGGGGGGCAGUUUUGGAGAGUUGGCGCUGAUAUAUGGAACCCCCCGUGCUGCCACUGUUAAAGCCAAGACUGACCUGAAGCUGUGGGGAAUUGACCGGGACAGCUACCGCCGCAUACUCAUGGGAAGCACUCUGAGGAAGAGGAAGAUGUAUGAAGAGUUCCUGAGUAAAGUGUCCAUCCUCGAGUCUCUGGAGAAGUGGGAGAGGUUAACAGUGGCCGAUGCGUUGGAGCCGGUUCAGUUCGAGGACGGAGAGAAGAUUGUGGUGCAGGGAGAACCGGGGGACGAUUUCUUCAUCAUCACAGAGGGUACAGCCUCUGUUCUGCAGCGUAGGUCUGACAAUGAGGAAUAUGUGGAGGUGGGCCGUCUCGGACCAUCUGAUUAUUUUGGUGAGAUAGCGCUGCUGCUGAACCGCCCACGCGCUGCCACCGUGGUGGCCCGAGGGCCGCUGAAGUGCGUGAAGCUGGACCGGCCGCGAUUCGAGCGCGUCCUGGGACCCUGCUCCGAAAUCCUGAAGAGGAACAUCCAGAGAUACAACAGCUUCAUCUCCCUGACCGUCUGACCCUCAUGGCAGGAGGGCGACGCUCACGGGGAGCUGGGGCGGGAGGAGGUGCCAGGCUGCAUGAAACCGCUCGUGAUGAAUUACCUGAGCUUCACCUACAGAGUUUUCACUAUAUGUGUGUCGGGGGUGAAGCAGGGACUUUGUUCACGAGCUCUUUCAUGAAGCCUCGCGUUGUUUUUCUUUUCUUUCGCGUGAGGGUGCGGGUGUUGUGGGGUGGAGUUACUGUGGGAGAUGAUUAUAUACGAGCUUUUUGCCUUUGCGUUUCGCUUCUGCUUUUUAUUUUCGUUGACGUUGUUGUUAUUCGUUGUUGUUCUUCGCUUUUCUUGUGCACUUUGUGCCGUAGCUUUAUUUAUGAACUAUGAGAUCCAUGAAGAGGUGCGUUGGAGAUGAUUUCAUACAUGAGUUGAGGUUUAUGUAUUUUACGGUGUGGUGCAUGCAAACCAGAGAUGCACACUUAGAGAUUGUAUUGAGGAUAAAGUACUGUGCAAAAGCCAGAUGCCAUCCUUCAUUUCAUUUGCAGUCAAAACGUUUGUUUUUCAGCAUCAGAAAAAACGGAAAAUAUAGAUUUAUCGGAAAAUUAUACAGAUGUACUUUAUUGCUUAACUUGCGUUCUUUUCUGGGGACUCACUUUCAGUUUUGCGAAGAAAUCUGCAGGGAUAUUUUUCAACAGUUCUGAAGUUCAGUCUUAGAAGUUCAUUGUAAAUUCUUCUCAUGAUUGUUUGGAGUCGAUUAUCAAAUCUAAUCUUGUACUUAAUAGCAGUUUUGAAUGGAAAUGAACUAAACGAAUGCCGGUCUCUGACUUUUGCACAGUACUGUGUAUUGAAUCAUUUGAGAUGAGGAUGUGAGUUUUUAAUGUGGUAAGACAUGGUUGCACAUUGCCUUCACGCAUUGGCUCUAUGGUUCAGGCUUGCACUCCGUUUGGGUUGGUGUGCCAUUUUUAUUCUGAUUCAGCGGUCAGCGCACCGGCUUCUUUCACUGACCUUUCUUUCUGGCCGGUCCGUAAACGACCUCUCUGCGUUUAAACUGUGCUUCUACCAUCGGUACACAUGGCAAAAGGGUUUAGUGCUGAUUUUGGUAACAAGAUUUAAGGUCAGGUGCUGACUGGACAGAGUUUUUUGGUGUAAAACGGGUGAAUCAAAGUUUUUUUCUAUUUUGAGCGGGAGGGGGUCUUGUUGCUCAAUCCUGAUGUUUUAAAAAACAAAAGCUUAUUAAAAUCUUUCAUUGUCCUAUUUUCCCAACAUGCAGUGGUGUUACAAAUUUCAGUAGAGGCGAUGUGUACACACACACACACACACACACACACACACAUUUCAACCCCAAAAAUGAAAGAUUGUCUUUAAGAUUUAAGGAUCUCUGUUUUUGGUUAUGGUUUUGGUUUGGUUUUUCAAGAGCAGAGGGAUAUUUUCAGAAAAUUUCUGCACAGUUGAGCUCCUGUAUGGUGUGUUUCUGUCAACACACACACACACACACACACACACACACACACACACACACACACAAAUCACACACAUAAACACACAAACUCACUAAUUCCAUUUUUAAAGCCAAUAAAGAAAAGCUUCUAAACUACA